AUGGGUUCUGAGCGUGAGAACAAGACGUUCCUCGCGAGGCUCUGCGAGCAGGCCGAGCGCUACGAUGAAAUGGUCACCUACAUGAAGGAAGUCGCCAACAUCGGCGGCGAGCUUACUGUUGAUGAGCGUAACCUCCUUUCCGUUGCUUACAAGAACGUGGUCGGUACCCGCCGUGCCUCCUGGCGCAUCAUCUCCUCCAUUGAGCAGAAGGAGGAGAACAAGGGCUCCGACGAGCACGUUGGCAUUAUCCGCGACUACCGUCAGAAGAUCGAGACCGAGCUUGAGCAGGUCUGCCAGGAUGUCCUUGACGUCCUCGACCAGGCUCUCAUCCCCAAGGCCGAGACUGGCGAGUCCAAGGUCUUCUACUACAAGAUGAAGGGUGACUACCACCGUUACCUUGCUGAGUUCGCUUCCGGCCCCAAGCGCAAGGGUGCCGCCACUGCCGCCCACGAGGCUUACAAGAAUGCCACCGAUGUUGCCCAGACCGAACUCACCCCCACUCAUCCCAUCCGCCUGGGUCUCGCCCUGAAUUUCUCAGUCUUCUACUACGAGAUUCUCAACUCGCCGGAUCGUGCAUGCCAUCUCGCCAAGCAGGCCUUCGAUGACGCUAUUGCAGAGCUCGACUCCCUUUCCGAAGAGAGCUACCGUGACAGCACCCUGAUCAUGCAGUUGCUGCGCGACAACCUCACCCUCUGGACCUCAUCUGACGGCAACGAGGGCGAGGGUUCCAAGGAGGACAAGCCCGAGGAGGAGACUCCUGCCGCUGCUGCCACCGAGGCCGCUGCUCCUGCUGAGGAGAAGCCCGAGGAGGCUAAGCCCGCAGAGACUGAGGCUUAA